GAUGGAUAUGGAUUUGGUUUCUUAUAUAAAAUAAAAAUCUGGGUUUUCAUUAAUUUGUCAAUUUACUUACUCUCUGGGUUUUAAGUUUUAAGGAGAUAGCUACUUAACUCAACUUACUCUCUGCUACUGAAAAAAGAAAAAAGCUUUCAUUUUUAUGGGUUUUUGGGGUUUCCAACUUGAAAUUAAUUGAAUGGGUUGAUUUAAUUUACUUGGGGUGGUAGAUUUUGAUGUUUUAAAUCUGGGUUUCUGUGAUUAUAUACUGUUACAUCUGUGAGUCUUUUUUUUCCGAAGACAAGCAAGAAAGACAAUAGGGUACAGUGUUGUGUGUGAUUUAAAAGAGUGAAGAAUGUCGAGACCACUUCACCGAGGAGUAUCGGGUGGUGGCCGGAAUGCUGAGUGUUGUGAUUACACAUGGGAUUCACAAAUGAAAGAUAAAACAGAUAAAGAAGAUGUAGAGAAAAGGCAUUCACAAGAUCACAUGUCUUUAUCUUCGCGUUGCCUAAUUGGUUUGGUAUUUCCUGAUAAUUCAACAUCGAAAUGUGGUAGCUUAGGAGGAGAAAAUGGGUUUGGAUCAGAUCCUUUUAAUAUGGGGAAUUCAAGGAAUCGGCAGAAUUUGACGAUGAGUUUUCUCAAAUUUAGUUUAAUUCUUAUUGUUAUUCUUGCACUUUCUGGUUCUCUUUGGUGGACUAUUGCUCUAUCGAAUUCUACCAGAGGUAAUAUCUUUAGAGGUUACAGACGGCUUCAGGAUCAACUCAUUACUGAUUUAUUGGAUAUUGGAGAGCUCUCCAUGGGUUCAGCGAGGUUAAAAGAGGUUGAUUUCUGCUUUGAAGAGUCUGAGAAUAUCGUUCCGUGUUUUUUCAAUGUUUCGAGUGAUCUAGCCGUGGAGUCUUCUAAGGGAGAUGCUGUUGAGCGUCAGUGUGAAUAUGGGUCAAAUCAGAAUUGCUUGGUGCAUCCACCUAAGAACUACAGAAUUCCUCUUAGGUGGCCUACUGGAAGAGAUGUUAUUUGGGUUGCCAAUGUUAAAAUCACUGCACAACAAGUUCUUUCCUCUGGAAGUUUCACAAAGAGGAUGAUGAUGUUAGACGAAGAUCAGAUAUCCUUCCGUUCUGACUCUAGUAUGUUUGAUGGAGUUGAAGAUUAUUCGCAUCAAAUUGCUGAAAUGAUUGGGCUCAGAAAUGAGUCUAAUUUUAUUCAGGCCGGGGUCAGAACUGUUUUGGAUAUAGGGUGUGGAUACGGUAGUUUUGGAGCACAUCUCUACUCGAAACAACUAAUUACCAUGUGUGUUGCAAAUUAUGAGACUUCGGGCAGUCAAGUUCAGCUAACUCUUGAAAGAGGUCUUCCUGCUAUGAUUGGUUCUUUCACUACAAAGCAAUUGCCUUACCCCUCUCUUUCUUUUGAUAUGUUGCACUGUGCAAGAUGCGGAAUCGACUGGGAUCAGAAAGAGGGUAUUUACUUGGUUGAAGCUGAUAGAGUUUUGAGGCCUGGUGGAUAUUUUGUAUGGACUUCACCUAUAACUAAUGCUCAAAGGUCAAUACGUAAUAAAGAGAAACAGAAGAGAUGGGCAUUUAUUCAAAGUUUUGCAGAAAAUCUUUGCUGGGAAAUGCUGUCACAACAAGAUGAAACUGUUGUAUGGAAAAAGACUAGUAAAAAGGACUGCUAUUCUUCUCGGAAGUCCGGGCCUUCUAUUUGCAGUAUGGGACAUGAUGUUGAAUCUCCAUAUUAUCGAAGACUCGAGCCGUGCAUUGGAGGAACUCGAAGCCGCCGAUGGAUUCCCAUUGAAGAACGGACAACUUGGCCUUCAAGGGCAACAUUGAACUCGACCGAACUUAAUAUUCACGGUGUACAUCCAGAAGAAUUUUCUGAAGAUUUGCUAAAUUGGAAUUCAGCUGUUCGAAAUUAUUGGUCCCUCCUCUCACCCCAGAUAUUUUCAGAUCAUCCAAAGAGACCUGGCGAUGAGGAUCCGUCUCCACCUUAUAACAUGCUCAGAAAUGUGCUAGAUAUGAAUGCUCGGUUUGGUGGUUUAAAUUCUGCUUUACUUGAAGCUGGGAAAACUGCUUGGGUAAUGAAUGUUAUCCCUACAAGUGGUCCAAACCAUCUUCCUCUUAUCCUUGACAGGGGAUUGGUUGGUGUCUUACAUGACUGGUGUGAAGCAUUUCCAACAUACCCAAGAACUUACGAUAUGGUGCACGCAAAGGGUUUGCUGUCAUUGGAAGCAAGUCAGAAACGUAGGUGCACCACACUUGAUCUGUUUACAGAGAUUGAUCGGCUUCUGCGUCCUGAGGGCUGGGUUAUUCUCCAUGACAAGACGAGUCUCAUCCAUACAGCCAGAGCACUUGCUACAAGGUUAAGAUGGGAAGCGCGGGUCAUAGAGAUUGAAAGCAACAGUGAGGAGAAACUCCUUGUUUGCCAAAAACCUUUCUUCAAGAGACCGUGAAAACAAUAGAAAAUCCAAGAACAAACUUUGGACAAGUACAUAAUUUUUUUGGAAGAUUCAUUUUAGGCUUUCUGGAUCGAGGUUUGUUAGAUAUAGUAACAAUUAAGGAUCUGCCACUGAAAGAAGAGGAUACUGAGAGUUUUUUGAAGUUAUCUCAAAAAGAAAAUGAGAAACAAAAGAGAGAAUUACAUUUGUGAAAAUGAAUCACAAAAUACCUGUGAGCAAUGGCCGCAAGGUGUUCAUAGGGUCGCUGUAAUUAGCAAAAAAAUUAUUCAGAAAUUAGGAUAGAUUUUCAUUAUUUUUUCUUCUUAUUCUUCUAAUGCUUAUGUUUCAAUACAACAAUACGUUCACGAUUAUUUAAAUUGUUAUGAAUAUUACAAUAAUAAACAAGUUUAUGCUUGAUGCAGUAGCAAAA